AUGGGUAUUGACAUUGAGAGACACCACGUCAGAAAGUCUCAACGCAGCAAGCCUGCCUCUGAGAAUGUCUAUUUGAAGCUUUUGGUCAAGUUGUACCGCUUCUUGGCUCGUCGUACUGACUCUCGCUUCAACAAGACUAUCUUGAAGCGUCUUUUUCAAUCCAAGACCAACCGUCCCCCUAUCUCUAUCUCCAAGAUUGCUGCUUUGACCAGUCGUAAGGCUUCCAAUCUUGAAGGUAAGACCGUUGUUACUGUUGGUACCGUUACCGAUGAUGAGCGUAUGUUGACUGUCCCCAAGCUCUCCGUCGCCGCUCUUCGCUUCACCAAGUCUGCCCGUGCUCGCAUCUUGAAGGCUGGUGGUGAAGUCAUGACUUUGGACCAACUCGCUCUCCGUGCUCCCACUGGUAGCAACACUGUUCUCCUUCGUGGUAGAAAGCAUGCUCGUGAGGCCUACCGUCACUUUGGUUUCGGUCCUCACAAGCACAAGGCUCCUCACGUCCGCUCUGAGGGCCGUAAGUUUGAGGAAGCUCGUGGUCGCAGAAAGUCUCGUGCCUUCAAGGUAUAA